AUGAGUCAACUGUUCCUUAUACAAGGAAUUCAGGUGGGAAAUGGCACAUUUUCUGAUACAGAUAAGAUCAUAGCAUCAGUGUCACAGGCUUCAGGAUAUAUGUCACUUUUCGUUUGGUUAUUUGCCCAACUUCCACAGAUUAUAGAAAACCAUCUAAACCAAUCAGUAAAUGGUGUUUCACUCCUCUUUUUGGGGUGUUGGAUGGGUGGAGAUGUCACAAAUCUAAUCGGGUGUAUAUUAACGGGUGCACUCCCCUUCCAAACAUGUCUUGCCAGUUACUACUGCUUUAUUGACUGUAUCUUGUCACUUCAAUACUGGUACUAUACCAAAGUGUAUCCUUAUCAAAGAGUUCAUCAUAAUUUACUUCAAAGUCCAAAUAUGAUGAGACCAGUAAACCUGCAUUCUCCACAUCUGAUAGCAUUACGUACAAAUAGAUUUAGAGACUUGACAUCACAACGGUCACAUUCACCCAUGGAUAUUAAUGGAGGGAGAAGAAAGAGAAUGCCCGAAGUAAAUAAUUCAAUAACAAAAAGACUCUUUGGAGCACUUUUUGUGGGUAGUAUCCCCAAGGGGGCUAAAGCCCUUCCUACUAAUGUUUCUGAAGAAACUUCAAGCAAGGAAAAAUUCACAUCUAUAUUGCAUUUCUUCUCUUCGAUCAUGUGUUCCUUGUAUCAAACUAAGAUUAACAAGGCUGGUAUUGGUCGCUUUCUGGCCUGGACUUGUACAGCAUUAUACAUCUCAUCGCGUACCCCUCAGAUCAUUAAGAAUUAUCAAAGUAAAUCAACUCAAGGAAUUUCACUCUAUUUAUUCCUAUUUGCCAUGUUGGGUAAUUCCCUAUAUACCAUCUGUAUAGUUACAGAUUUGUAUUUGAUUGCUCAUGAUAAUGGAUAUUUAGAUGAAUGGGUUUUCCGGGAUGCCCUUUAUUCGCAAUUACCAUUUAUAAUUGGAAGUGCGGGCACUGUGUCAUUUGAUUGUUUGAUUCUAUUCCAAUGUUGGUUGUAUUCCGAUAACGGGAGAAAGUCGUCUACUUCUUCUGCUAUACAUGGAAAUUUAUAUGGAGACGGAGAAGAAUUAGAUAUAAGUAUCAAUGAUCAUAAUAGACAUAGUGGUGGAGAAAAUAACCAUUUCAAAAAACCGGAUUGGUAUACAAAUAAUCAUAUUCAAUUUCCAGAUUCACAAUUAGAUGAGAAUCACAUGCAUAGAGAUAGAUUCAGACGUGAACAUAAAUCCCGGCCCAGUGAUACUAGUGGAUUAUUGUCAUCGGCUCAACACUCGACAUAUUCUAGUAUCGCAUCACAAGCACCUCCCUCGCAUUAUAUUACGGGUUCAUCGCACUCCACAUACAUGAGUCCACCAUCUGGGAAUGUGGUUUCAAAUACUUUACAAUCCCUUUCCAAUUCAUUUUUAAGGUCAAAACCUGUUAAUACCACAAUUCCAGGAAAGUCACCUGCAAUUUCAAUUGCAUCGUCUGGGAAUUUUUCUGCCACUUCACCUCUGUCAACUUCACUCAUACCACUGAUCAUUGGUACUUAUUCGUCCGUGUCGAAAAAGAUGAAGAAUGAGGCAAAGAUUCCAUUUCUGCCAAUUGAUUUUUUACAUGAUGAUUUUCAUCAUUCCGUUGAUGGAUCUCAAUCCAGCAUAAAUAAUAAUUAA